AUGCUUACAAAAAUAUACCAAUGGAUAGAAACGGGCUUCGCUAAUCUUCGCAAUGAAGUGCCAGCUGCGGAUCAUUCAGAUACACAAGGGGCACAGGAAGGUGGUCAGAGGAGGAGAAAAAGACCGGCUGAAUGUAUGGAAGAUGGAGACAACGAUGACCAAGAUGUCCUCAACAAGAAAUAUUGUAUGGGAAACCUCAUUGACACAGUCAAGACUGCAGCUGAAGGGGUGAAGAGUCAUAGUUCCCAUGUAGCUACAUGGGUAAAAAACAUUAUGAGUCCUACCUUAAACAGUCUGCCUGCCUCUUCUGGUCCUGUUCCGGUGAAACCCCAGCCAGAAGUCUCUACAUCAGCAGCAGCAGCUUGGGAGAUGAGGCCAGUUGUGGGGAGGAACUCUGCCUCUCAAGAUGAGACAUUUGCUGCUCCAUCAACAACUUUGGAAUGGAAAACAUCUAAAUCGGACUCUUUCCGAAAUGAGAGAUCAGUUAUGGGACCCAAGGUCUAUAGGCGUCAAGUGUAUUCGAGUCGAGUACACUGUGACAUGACCAAAAUAAACGGUCACUCGGUCAGCUUGCCGCCCUCCAGCACCCCCAAAGAACUUCCUCGGCCAAGAUUAGGCAGGCCACUCAACCUACGGCCACGUGAAAGGUCAAGUUGCAGCCUUUGUGAUGCCUCAGGUGUUGGCACAAAUGGCACAUACACCGCCAGCACGUUUGAGACCUUCCCCAUAAAAAUGGUGCAGAGCCCAACACACAGCACCUCCUCCAUUCACCCUCGAAGGACCAACGCACGCUGCACUGCUGAGGAGUCCAUCCGUGAGGAGGAGAGAGAGGUCUACAGACAGUUGCUGACCAUGGUUUCUGGUGGUCAGUCAUCUUUCCUCCACAAAGGCAGCUCACCCGCAGUUGUGCGGUCACUCAGGGAUUUCACCAGCUUCCUGAGCAGCAGUUGUGGCUUGAUGCGCUUCUCACCCCCUGCUGGCUCAAGGGCAGGGGAGAGUGCAGAGGUACCCUGCAGAUCCCCAAGUAUGCAGGGUAAUUCCAUUCAGUACUCCAGCAACCUCCCCAGCCCAGUGGAGUGCUCUAGCAGGGCAGACAGUCAGAUGUGGUCCCCAGUAACUGACCUCAGCCCAGGUGGGGCAGCAAUUUUUCCAUCUGCUCCUUCACCAGCCGUCCUGCAGGUCAAUUCCCCUCAGGGCACACAGUCAUCAGCUGACGAUAGCGACUCUGUAAUAAUUGUAAAAGAGCAAAAGGGUGAAAAACCAGACAGCUCAAGUGUGUCAUGUUUCCAAGCCGAACUAUGGAUCAAAGAAUUGACGACCAUGUACGACUCUCGAGCACGAGAGAGACGGCGACAGAUUGAAGAACAAGAGGCUUUGACUGCCCAGCUGCUACGACAACGCCUGUCUGCAGAAAGCCAACUUAGCCCAGAUGUGGAGGUCCAUGUGCGGGUUCCUUUGGAGAAGGAAGUUCCUCUCACACGUACCAUAGAUGAACCAAAACCCCUUGAGGAGAAACCAGAAUUCCCUGAACUCACGGAGGAGAUGGAGGAUGAGGUGAGCAGAGUGUUCAGGAGUGGGAUUCCCCAUGAGGUGUUGAGUGAAGGAUUUGGGCUGAGCCUCAAACGCAAGGACCUGCAGACCCUCAGCCAGCGUAACUGGCUCAAUGAUGAAGUGAUAAACUUUUACAUGAAUCUGUUGGUGGAGCGCAGUAAGGACCCGAACCUGCAUCUUCCAUCUGUUGACACCUUCAGCACCUUUUUCUUCCCCAAACUACGAAGCAGUGGCUACUCUGCUGUCCGCCGCUGGACCAAAAAGAUGGAUAUCUUCUCCUUGGACAUCCUGCUUGUGCCUGUCCAUUUGGGGAUGCAUUGGUGCCUCUCUGUGGUGGAUUUCCGCAAGAAGGCCAUCAUGUACUUUGACUCAAUGGGAGGAAAUGAUGGUGGAGCUUGCAGGAUAUUGUUAGAAUAUCUUCAGCAGGAGAGUAAAGACAAGAAGGGCAAGGAACUGGAUACCUCAGGCUGGAGUCUGUGUAGCAAAAGACCCAAUGAAAUCCCACAGCAGAUGAAUGGCAGCGAUUGUGGAAUGUUCACAUGCAAAUAUGCAGAAUACAUCACCAAAGACAAGCCGAUCACAUUUACACAAAAACACAUGGCCUACUUCAGGAGAAGAAUGGUUUGGGAGAUACUGAACCGCAAACUUUUGUAAGGUCAGGGGGAGGAUUGUGAACUGGGUCGCUAGGCUCACUGUUCUAUGUAAGUGGACUGCAUUUAUAUAGCGCUUUUCAAGUCUGCCGACCACUCAAAGUGCUUUAUAAUGUAUGCGUCACAUUCACACACACACACUGAUGGCAGAGGCUGCCGUGCAAGGAGCCAACCUGCUCAUCAGGAACAGUUAAGUGUCUUGUUCAAGGACACUUUGGCACGCUCUCUGGAGGAGUCGAACCAGCGACCUUAGACGACCCGCUCUACCUCCUGAGCCAUGCCGUCCAUUAUGUGUCAUAAUGGUGGCAGUGCAGUGUUCAACAACAGGAUUCACCUUCCUUCUCUGGGAAUGCCUUGCAUCCAGGCUCAUCCAGAUCAGGACCCAUCUCUGCCAAACCACCUCCUCUUAGGGCAAUCUAGUCCUUGGCUGAUGUGACAUGACUGAAGUAGAAAGCACUGCCCUCCAAAACUCUACUCCAGCUUGUUGUUUUUUGGUGUAACCACGUAGCCUCUGUAUUGCAGGUGCAGCUAUUGCUCAGCCAGAACCAUUUCAGGAAUCAGACAAGUACUGACUUACAAAUCAUAAUCUUAAGUGUAAUAUUAACAUAUUUGAUGCAAAUACAAAAGGUUUACAUGUCAUUUCAAUGCACAAAGGAAUUGUUAAUUUGUGUUAUGCUGGACCAAUGUUUUUGGUAGUGCCAAGUCUUAUGAUUUGGAACUGCCCAUUUUAAGUAUUUGUGCAAACUAGUUGCAUCACGGGCAUCCGAGUGGUGUAGCAGUCUAUUCUUUUGCCUACCAAGACGGGGUCUUCAGUUCGAAUCCCCAUGUUACCUCCGGCUUGGUUGGGUGUCCCUAGACACAAUUAGCCAUGUCUGCGGGUGGGAAGCCGGAUGUGGGUAUGUGUCCUGGUUGCUUGCACUAGC